UUCAGCUCUGUUGGAGAAAAGACAUCAUGUUGUGUGCACAGGGAAUCGGUGCCCUCGCUCUUUUCCACUGUGUAAUAACCGCGGCUGCUCUGAUCGACUCAGAUGAUGGCAUCACGCGAGACGAGCAGAUCUACGUUCUGAUUGGUGCUCACGCCAGGUGUGAAAGGAGCAUCCAGGCGCAGAUGGCCCAGGUCAGAGAGGGCGACUGCAUCCCAGAGUGGGACGGCAUCAUCUGCUGGCCGCGGAGCAGGGAGGGUCAGCUGGUCUCAGUGCUGUGUCCGGAGUACAUCUACGACUUCAACCACGGAGGACGAGCCUACCGCCAGUGUGAUGCAUCGGGAAACUGGGAGCAGGUGUCCAGCAUCAACCGCACGUGGGCUAACUACACAGAGUGCACCACAUACCUGAGCUCCAACCACAGGAGACAAGAAGAGAAGGUGUUUGAGAGACUCCACCUCAUGUACACCGUCGGGUACUCGGUUUCUCUCGCAUCGCUGAUGGUGGCCGUCUCCAUCCUCUGCUACUUCAAGCGCCUCCACUGCACACGCAAUUACAUCCACAUCCACCUCUUCACCUCCUUCAUAUGUCGAGCAGUCAGCAUUUUCGUGAAGGACGCGGUGCUCUACUCCAUCUCUGAUGACAGCAGGGCUGAGCCUGAGUUCACUGCACAGAAGCCAAAUAUGGCCGGUUGUAAAGUCGCUGUCACUCUCUUCCUGUAUUUCCUGGCGUCCAAUCACUACUGGAUCCUGGUGGAGGGGUUGUACCUACACAGCCUCAUCUUCAUGGCCUUCCUCUCCGACAAGAACUACCUGUGGGCCCUCACCAUCAUCGGCUGGGGUGUUCCAGCUGUGUUUGUGUCCAUUUGGGUCAGUGCACGAGCUUCGCUGGCCGACACGCAAUGUUGGGACAACAGUGCCGGAAACCUGAAGUGGAUCUACCAAGUUCCCAUUCUGGCAGCCAUUGUUGUGAAUUUCCUCUUAUUUGUCAACAUAAUCCGAGUUCUGGCCUCUAAACUGUGGGAAACCAACACUGGUAAACUGGAUCCUCGACAGCAGUACCGGAAGCUGCUCAAGUCCACAUUAGUGCUCAUGCCGUUGUUCGGAGUUCACUACAUGGUGUUCAUGGCUCUUCCCUACACUGACGUCAGUGGGCUGCUGUGGCAGGUGCAGAUGCAUUAUGAGAUGUUCUUCAACUCCUCCCAGGGCUUCUUUGUUGCAUUUAUCUACUGUUUCUGCAACGGGGAGGUGCAGGCGGAGGUAAAGAAGGCGUGGCUGAGACGCAGCCUCGCUCAGGACCUCAAACAGAAAACGCGGAUGACCAGCAGUGGCGGUGGAGGCAGCUGUUACUACGGCGGCAUGAUGUCACACACCACCACGCACAGUGUCAGCUUGUCUGCCGCCAAUCCCAGAGCGCUUCCCUUCACAGGAGGUGCGGUGGGACCAGGUGGAGCUGCUGGUGGCGGGUCAGGGGUCAGGCCGCCACGCCACACCUCGCUGCAAACACAAACCACCCAACUUGGAUUUGUUCCAGGUGACACCGAGACCUCGGGUGUCUUUGCCAGGCACGUCAGAACCAGCAAAGGGAACAAUGACUCCAAAAGUCACACGGUACCCUCGAUCCAAUCAUCUGGAGCUGAAGAUCCAGAAAACUCUUUAACUCUGAAAGAGCUGGAGACGAUCUUGUGAUGUCUUCAUAUGAGUCAGAUGAGCAUAAAGGAAACGCUUGGACUCACGUAUACCAAUGGAUUGCCUGGCUUCGUCUGAAUUGAAAGGUCAUCUGCAAAAAAUCCUCCGUGCUGGUUUUCCUUCGCGAACACUUUAAGUGACUGCGUUUUUCAACAUUUCACUGAUUUCUCAGAAAAGUAUUCAUGGUUCCUCAUAAACAAUAAUCUGGCAUAUUUAGGGAAGUGAUAUCUAUGAGUGUGUGAAAUUUGGUGCAGCUUGAUUGAAUAUAAGGCGACUGUAAUGCUUUUAAACGAUGUGGAAAAAACAAAUGAAUCUAAAUAAUGUGUGGGAAUGUGAUGCUGGGUGAGUUAAAGGACAGACCUGACCGACCUGGAUGUUUAGACAAUGAGAUCUUUUUAUUUCUCUGCCUCGACUUUCCUGUGUUGGAUUUUCCAUGCGAGACUGGCUGACCCUAAUUCAAACUGCACUUGUGUGUGUGUGUGUGUGACAAUCCUCCCUUUUUCCAAAUAUUGACCUCUAGGUUCCCGCCACACAUUUAUGAGCUUUCUAAAUAUCUGUCAAGUAGCGGUGACCCCAACAAGCCAACUGUGCCAGAUUGAUUAUUUUGAACGUCUAGACAGACCGGGACCCUUUGCACCUUUUGUUGUUGUCCAAUGUUGUCGACUCAGCUCCAUGCAUCAGUCUGUCAGGACCCUCAGGGCUGAUGCACCAACCUUUUGCCCCUCACCAGCCAAACUCCCCCCACCGUGUAACCUCUGCCCCAAACGCCUUCACAACACCGUACAGAAUUUCACACACUCCCCUCGGGCCCUCGGCUCGGAGCAGGAGGCACCUGAGCUGUUUGUGACGGACAAACUUGCAGCAGAGGAAUUCACAAGAUGAGCAGACAGGAAAGUGGGCCUGUCAAUAUUUUAGGAGAGUUUAGGUAUCCACAUUACUGUUCUGUGUUUGUAUGGUAUGUACAGUGUAAGAUAAUAAUUUAAUAUUUAA